GCUGUGGGCGGGGCACGUCUGGGAUCGUGACGUGUAGUUGCAUGCAAGUAACAAGCAGAGCCGCAUGGGUCGAGUUAAGACUUAAAUAGAGUUUAGCACAGUGGCUCAAGAAAAAGCCUGAACACCACAGUGCCCCAGCGUACCAUCAUCAAAACAGGCCAUCAUGACUGACAGGAAGGCAGUAAUAAAGAACGCUGAUAUGUCUGAGGACAUGCAGCAGGAUGCAGUGGAUUGUGCCACACAGGCCAUGGAGAAGUACAACAUUGAAAAAGACAUCGCUGCAUAUAUCAAAAAGGAGUUUGAUAAGAAGUAUAAUCCGACAUGGCAUUGUAUUGUGGGACGGAACUUUGGCAGUUACGUGACGCAUGAAACAAAGCAUUUCAUCUACUUUUACUUGGGUCAAGUGGCCAUUCUGCUCUUCAAAUCAGGCUGAAAGAACAACUGUCAUUCAUGAAAGCUGGACAUCAGCUCCAAACCUGGACUGUGAUGCACUAAUGGCUUGAGCCACAUUCAGACCAUAUUACAUUAUCCCACAUACACACUAAUGAAUUUAGCUAUAUAGGCUGUGCACAUGGACCAUGUAUAAUAUUUAAUUUGUAUAUGUUGCAAUACAGUAAGUUUUGCUCUGUCGUUGCACGAGAUGAAGCAACAAGACCAUUUUUGUUAGUUUUUCCCGAAACUAAAUUUGUUUUGCACUGAAGUUGUACAAAAUGCUUUGACCGCUGCCUUUAAAUUAUAUUAAAGAAUGACAUAUCAUAAA